AUGGCUUCGUUGACUGCACCACAGGCUCCUCCCAAGUGGAAUCACACCCCAGAAGAAGUGCUGAGUAUCACCAAACAGGCACUUGCGCAAAAUAAGGCGGUCAGUGACAAGGUCGCGGCGCUCCCGGAGGCUGGAUGCGACUUCGAAACAGUUUUUGCACCGCUUGCUAAUGCAGAGACAGAAGCCCAAGUCAUUUGCGAGCCCCUCGGAUUCUACCAGAACGUCUCCACCUCCAAAGAACUUCGGGAUGCUUCGAACCAAGCGAAAGUCCUUCAGCGCGAGUUCGAUGUUGAAGAGUCCAUGCGUCUUGACGUAUUCAAAGCCAAGGCCGCUGCAGAGAAGAAUCUACACGCAUCAGGUGCAUGGGAGAAGCUGAGCGACGAGCAGCGGAGGCUCGUGGAGAAGAUGGUAUUGGAUGACAAGAGAGCUGGGCUUGCGCUCCCUGAGGAGGAGCGCGAGGUGUUGAUGCAGUUCAAGAAGGAGCUCUCGCAAGCUUGCUUAGAUUUCAGGAAAAACUUCAAUGAAGAGAAUGGUUGCAUUUCAUUCAGCCUCGAAGAGCUGGAUGGAGUCCCGGACGAUGUCAUCUCGGGUUACACGAAGCGCACUGAGGGCUCCAAGGAAGUCUAUGAUGUCACUUUCAAGACACCGGAUAUCUUGCCAAUCUUCAAAUUCGCGCAUAAUCCAGCCACGCGACGCGCUGCUCAAGAAGGAUACGAGGACCGACUCAAACAGAAUGUGCCUUUACUUGAGAAGGCCCUUCACCUCCGUCGGCGCAUUGCCGCAAUGCUUGGCUAUGACACAUGGGCAGACUACAUUACUGAGGUGAAGAUGGUAAAGUCUGGUAAGAAUGCCCAGGACUUCCUAGAUGAACUUGAGGCGAAGCUGCGCCCUGUGGGAGAGAAAGAGCGUAAGAUUCUGCUUCAACUCAAGAAAGAGGAACACGAGCAACGCGGACUUCCGUUCGACGGCGAGUUCUACAUCUGGGACUACAGGUAUUAUGACCGCGUCUAUGUCGAGAAGACACUCGAUCUCGAUGAAUCCAUCGUGAAGGAAUAUUUCCCGGUCUCCGUCGUUGUUCCCACGAUCUUGAAAAUAUACCAGGAUCUCCUUGGAGUCAAGUUCAUUGAGAUCAAGGGCGACGCCAAAGACGUCUGGCAUCCAGAAGUGCAACAGUUCGCUGUGUGGGAAAAGGACGCUAAAGACGAAUCUGCAUUUGUAGGAUAUUGCUACCUUGAUCUGUUUCCCCGCGCUGCAAAGUACUCUCACGCAGCUGUAUGGGGCCUCCUCCCGGGCUAUGAGCUGCCGUCGAGCAAACGUCACUACCCCCUGAGGGCCAUGGUAGCGAAUCUUGCAAAGCCGACUCCCGAGCGACCCGCUUUGAUGCAACAUGACGACGUAACAACAUUCUUCCAUGAGAUGGGUCAUGUAUUCCAUGGAUUACUUAGCCGGACGAAGUACGCACGAUUCCAUGGUACAUCAGUGGCAAGAGACUUCGUUGAGGCGCCUUCGCAAAUGCUUGAGAAUUGGUGCUGGGAGCCCAAGGUGCUAGAGAAGAUAUCUAGCCACUACAAGACACAGGAGCCGCUCUCGUCGGAGUUGAUGGAUAAGUUGAUAAAGAGUCGCUAUGUAAACGUUGGGUUAUUCUACCUUCGGCAACUGUUCUUUGCCAAAUUUGAUCUCAAAGUGCACGUGGAUAAAGAGGCGGCAGAUUACACCAAACUCUGGAAUGACCUGCGUGAAUCCAUCUCACUCGUAAAAGGGGGUAAAGCCCAGCCAGGACAAGGGACUUUUGGGCAUAUCGUCGGUGGCUAUGACGCAGGGUACUAUGGGUACACGUACUCACUCGUUUUUGCCGCGGACAUGUAUGCGACAGUUUUCAAAAAAGACCCAUUGAACCCUGCUUUGGGUAAGCGUUACAGGGACAAGAUUCUCCUGGUGGGAGGUAGCCGAGAUGAAACGGACUCCCUUGAGGAUUUCCUGGGUCGAUCGCCGAACUCGAAUGCAUUCUUGGAAGAGAUUUUUGGGACAGUUGCCACUGCGAGCCUGUGAAUCUGAUUUUGAUAGGUAGAUGAUAAAAUGUGAUAAAGAAAGAUUCAGAGUUGAUCAUGUAUACGACGCAUAACAGGACAUCUGAGACUGAUAUGUUACAGAAUUAGGAGAGUACUAACUACAAAUCAGCCACCGCCGAAUGCCCGUCCACUCGUCUCGAGAGAAGUCCCAAGCCUUGGGUGGAUCUAAAGUCAGUAGAUACUCUAUCGUUGCUAUGGUGUACACUUCUGCCUUCUCUCCCUCAUCCCGCCAGUCCUUACCUAUCUGUGCACCGCUCUCCGGGUCCCAUAGCUGGUCAUUGACUCGCGCUGCAACACAGCUUCAAGCUGCUUCCUAGCGAAGUUUUCAAGCCGAUCGAAUAAUUCAUUUAUAACUUAAAUUUUCCAUCUUCAGCACAACUCUGCAGCGG